AUGGCACGUCGGUGGUCAAAGAACUCAGCAGCACAGCACCAUCUCAAGUCGCUCUUCGACGAUCACACCAUCACAGCGCGUACCAAAGCCGCCGAAGCCUACAAUCUUAGUCCAAUCUUCCACGAGUUCAACUUUGCCGCAUUUCAAAAGCAUUACGACACGACGUUUAAGAUGAAAUUCGCUAACUUUCAUCGACCAGUGGAGUUUACAAAUGAUUCGUCGGACGAUGUGCGCGUCGAUACAGUGUCCAUCUCCAAACCAGAGUGCUUGGUUGGCGAGUUUUACGACUACGUCAAACGUGAAAGCAAUGCCAUUGUGGUACUAUUGGUGCCGAGUGGAGCAAAGGGUGCCUGCGAGGUGGACGCCAACGACCUCUCCGUGUUGAGAGUGCGUUGGGAGUGGACGGCGAAUACCUGCGAUCCACAGUUGUUGUUUGCAAGUGAAAUGGCAACACCCAACCACCGGACGUAUGCUAAAAUAUCGGGCUUGCAAAAGGCCUACGGAAGCGUUUGCGGCAAGAACGGGUCGGCUCCGGUUACCGAAGGUGCGAUACACCUGCCAUUUGCCGUUCGAGUGUGCAACGAGAAUGCAUGA